UUACAGUAGCAGAUGUUUGGGUUGUUUAUCUCAGGUUGAAGAGCUUCAGAGGCAGAGUUACCUGUCACCUGGGGAGGUGAAGCAGGUUGAGUUCAUUAAAACCAUCGAGACUUUGUGCUCGACGCCCGCGACAAGAUGCUCGAACCCUUUGGACUCCAGCAGGGUUCUGCAGAUGACCCGGUCGGAUCCAGAGAGCAGAAGACUUCUGGAGGAGAUCGUACAAGACCCAGCGCGGUCCUCCUCCAGGUCCUUACUGGAUUGUGUGCGUCUGGACUGGAUCAGAUGCUGGGACACAGACGCACAGAGUUCAGUUCUUCUGUCCAGACUGCAGGACUCCACUCUUGGUUCAUGUGAUGCCGUCACGCUCUGGUCGUAUCUCACCUUUCUUCACGAUUGGGGUCGAGUCACCGCAUGGGUCUGCAGUAUGACUGCGAGAGAUACGGAGACCACCGCUGCCCCCCGCUGGCCUGCGCUGACACCACACAUCAUCAACAGCUACAGCCACUGCGGAGAAUACAUGCGCAAUCAAAUCCUGGACCUGCUCGCUCCGCAGGGGCUGUUUGUCCAGUCGGAGAUGGAUGACUUUGAGCAGUUGCUAUGGCGACUGGGUCAAGCUGGAGGAGUGAUGCGGGAUGGGAGCGGUCCCCCCGUCCCACAAUUCCUCUCUUCACAGGGGCAAGAGUUUCACCAGCGCUUCAUUCUGCACUGUCUGGAGAACAGUCUGCAGUAUCUGCUCUACACGUACCUGGAGCACUACAGGUUAACUCCCGGGAAUUGUCCUGGUCUGGACGACAGGAACUUGUUUGAAAGUUUCCCCUGGUUUGAAAUGAUGCUGAAGUUACAGAGAAUCCCCAGAGACCUCAAAGAUCCGGAGCGGGUGUUCCAGGCGAGUCUGACUGGAGCUCAGGUUCUGUUGCCCGGCAGUCAGGCGAGCAUUAGCAGCAUGUUACUGGAGGGUCACAGUCUGCUCGCCCUCUCUACAAUCAUGUUCAGACCGGGCGGCAUUGACCAGGCGAUGCGAGAGGGAGAGAGAGGUCAGGACCCUUUGAGUCGUGUGGACCCUCAGCUGUUGAGAAUGGCUCUGGGUGCGUAUCCGAAACUCAAAACGGCUCUUUUCCCCCAGAUCGGUCCCCGCGGGGCGUCCUCCUGUGAUAUAUCCCUCUAUCACCUCAUGCAGUCUUUGCAGCCAUUGGAUCCUUCCAGACUCUUCAGUUGGCAGGCGGGGAACGUCGCGGGCGGCACCGAAACAUCCUCCGAGCCGCCUCAUUUCUCCAGCCCUCAUCUGGUCAGCAGACACUCCCUCAUUGAGAACCUGGACUAUCUGUAUUACCUGAGCCACAGGCGCCCGGCGUUCGCCUACGGGGUUUUCCUCACACAACAUCUGGUGAACUGCAGUAACGUAAAGUCACGGUUAUCUCAAGCCGUGGAGCAGGUCUUCUCUUUAGCUCUGUUGAACUUCAGCUCCGCCUCCGUGACGGCGGCGUGUGUGUGUUUCUGCGAGCUGCUAGGCGUGUGUAGUCUCAAACUGAGGGUGGAUCUGAAAGCGCUCAACCUCAUCCUCAAACUCUGGAGCCGGAACUAUGAGGAUGGAGCCGAAGCCUCGUUCAGACAGAUGCUCGUUGAAAAGGCCGGUAAGCUGGUGUCCGAUGAGAAACACACGGCUCAGGAGCUCUUGGUCCACCUGGAGGAGGCAGUCAGAGAUGCUCUGGAGACGAAAGGCGUCGGUCGGUCAUCAUACGAGGCGGCGCAGGAUUGGGCUCUUCCUGUGAAGUUCUGUCAACUCCACGCCCUGCCUCUAAGCUCCGCCUACCCGCAGGACUGCGCGUGUGAUGGACAGUGGAUCAACUUUCUGUUGUUUGUACAGUUACACAGUUAUCCUCCCCAACAGGUGAGAUCUCUGGCUGCCGGUUUCAGUCCGGCUCUUCAGGCUCACAUCUCUUUGGCGUUUCAAGACCUCCCGGCCAUAAGCCCUCACACGGGUUUGGAGGAGCAGGGGACGGUCAGAGAUGACAACCCAGAAGCUUCUGGAGAACUGUUUCAGGUUCUGCUGAAGAGUCAAGAGAAAGCCAGUCCCUGGAGAUAUCUGCUGUCUGAAUCCGUCCGUCAUCACAGUCCUGCGCUCUCCGUACUCGCCGCCUGCCAUCAGGGCGCAGAACUGCUUCAGUGUCUCUGCGUUUGGAUACUGACGUCCGUAGAGGACGAGAUCUCCGAGGAGGCCACCGCUCACAUCGACGAGAACCCCAGUCAUCACGUGUGGAACCUCCAUGACCUCUCCAUCUUAUGGAAGACCCUCCUCCACAGGAGCAAGAUCAGGCCUCUGAUUCGUGGAUUCCAGCUCUUUCAGAGGGAGUCUCCACUGAUUUACAUGUUGAACAUGUAUGAACUCUGUUACGACUACAAAGAUUAUCAGAGAGGCAAAGACAAACUCCUACAUUUCCAGAAAUGUCUGCUGAACUUGCGGAGCAGCAGUGUCGUGUUGAGCUGUGACGUUCUGCCGGUCCAGUGGGUGGAGUCUCAAGCGUCGGUUCUUCUGUUGGUUCUCCUGAAGCAGAGCAGAACUCAAUACGAGCUCAGACGUCUUCUUCAGCUGCUGGUGGACAUGGAGCGUCUUCUCAAAUCUAACGGUCCAGACUUUAAGAAGCUCAGUCAGUUGAGUCAGGUGCUCUCAGAUACGCCCGUCCCGCUGUCUCCGUGUCUCCUGGAGGAUUAUUCCACCUCCGCUCUGCAGGGGGAGUGCAGGAAGAUGCUGGAACAGCUGCAGGACACGGGACUCUUCACGCAGGCCAGGAAAGUUGCGCAGUUGGCCGAGCUGCCCGUCGACUGCCUGAUUAUAAAUGAGCUCUUGCGAGAUCUGUCCGCUCUCAAAGCCAAGCGUCAGUGGGACAGACAGGAAACCCGUCUGGGGUUCUGGAGGAAGUGUCAUCAUCAGCUGAAGACGGAUUGUGUCGACCCUGAGACGGCCUGCCAGUUCUUUCUGUCUCAGGCUGAGGAGCCCUUGCAGUCGGAUUCAGAGGUCAUUCAGCUUCAAGAACGCUGUCUUCUGCUGGGCCUGGCGGGUCAUUGGCUGUCAUGCCGUGAGUCUCCGCUGCCCGUCCUGCGUCUGGCACAGCUGGAGAAACGACAGUGGGAAUAUCGCAUCCGAUGGCUGGUCCUCCGCACGGCUCUGGAACGAGAGAGUUUGUUCGCUCCCUCCGCGCUCUCGGAAGAUUCCUUCGAAAACCUCCUGAAAGAGUUUUCCUUUUCCAAAAUGGCCGUCGUAAACGACCAGGCGCAUCUGAGUCUGGAGGGUCUUCCGGCGAGCGAAGACGACUGCGCGCUGUCCGAACAAGACCGUAAAGCUCUGAGCGCUCUCGUUGGCCAGCUGCUGAACGAAGGGAGCGUGAACGAAGCGAGUCGAGUGUGUCGAUACUUCGGCUCGUUUCACAGAGACAUGUGGCUGGUUCUGAGGUGUCGUGGGUUGGCGUGUGGAGAGCUGCAGCCGGGACUGCCGGAGCUUCACAGUCCGGAUGGAGAAUCUAGACGCAGUUUGCCAUCAUCUCCCAGUACGAGCAGUCUGUCGUCAUUUGUGGUGGUUUCAUCUCCUGAAGAUGCCGUCUUGGUUCAACUCAAGCAGCUGGUGGAUCAGUGCUGUCACGGCAAGAGUUACUGCAAACAGGUUCUCAGCCUCUACGAGCUUUCAAAGGAGCUGCAGUGCACAUACGCAGAGAUCUCGUCUGAAGAACCCGAGGCGGUUCUGCGGAAGGUUCUUCUGUCUCAGCAGUCGGAUCGCUGUAAGAAAGCUCAAGCGUUCAUCAGUGUUCAGGGCCUGCGCUCCGAUGCCGUGGCUCAGCUCAUAUCUUCAGCUGUGGUGGACGGUCUGCUCAGCUCAUCUCACGAGGGUCAAACAGGAGAGCGUCUCAUGUACGGGCCGGUGGACAGCAGGGAGGAGUUCAUUCAACUCGCCAAACUGUGUGGAGAUCCAAACCUGGUGGGAAGCAAACUGCUGGAGAUCAUCUCCACCGUUCCUCUGUCAGAGCUCAGCUGCACUGUAGAGAUCUUGAUUUUAGCUCACGAUUGCUUCAGUCUCACCUGUAACAUGGAGGGUAUCGUGAGGGUCCUGCAGGCUGCCAGACACCUGAGUCACACACACCUGGCUCACGGCGAAGGAUACGGACUGCUGGUGCGUCUGCUCACAGGUAUCGGCAGGUACAAUGACAUGACGUAUAUCUUUGACCUGUUGCAUCAGAACCAUCGGUUUGAGAUGCUGCUGAGGAAGAAAGUGGAAUCG